GGGGCGUGGCUAUGCAGAUGAGCAACGGGGCGGUCAGAGGCAUCAUAGGCGGCGGCGGCGGCGGCGGCUCGCGGUCUUGGUUUGCCAGUCAGUCGGAGCUGGGCGCUCGCGAAGGGAGGAGCUGCUGUGAGGCCCGAGAGCGAGCGCCUCCUCCUGACUUCCCCCACCCCGUCCGUCCGUCCGUCCUGCCGAGCCCCGAGGAUGAUAAACACCCAGGACAGUAGUAUUUUGCCUUUGAGUAGCUGCCCACAACUACAGUGCUGCAGGCACAUUGUCCCAGGGCCUCUGUGGUGCUCCGAUGCCCCUCACCCACUGUCGAAGAUCCCCGGUGGGCGAGGGGUUGGCAGGGAUCCUUCUCUCUCAGCUUUGAUAUAUAAGGAUGAGAAGCUCACUGUUAACCAAGAUCUUCCAGUGCACGAUGGGAAACCACACAUUGUCCACUUCCAGUACAAAGUUACGGAAGUAAAGAUCUCCUCCUGGGAUGCAGUGCUAUCCAAUCAGAGUCUUUUUGUGGAAAUCCCUGAUGGCUUAUUAGCUGAUGGGAGUAAAGAAGGAUUAUUAGCACUGUUGGAAUUUGCUGAAGAAAAAAUGAAAGCAAGUUAUGUCUUUAUUUGCUUCCGAAAAAGCAGAGAAGACAGAGCUCCAUUACUGAAGACAUUCAGUUUUUUGGGCUUUGAAAUUGUGAGGCCUGGCCAUCCCUGUGUCCCAUCACGACCAGAUGUGUUGUUCAUGGUAUACCCCCUGGAUCAGGUCUCUUCUGAUGAUGAUUAGACCCAGUGCAGCACUUCAGUGGGACCCAAACAUGCUUCAAAGGCAAGAGGGGGCUAAAACUCCUCUUCUGAGGAAAGGAAAAACAAAAUUCUUCUGGACUGAAACUGCAUUUCUUAUUGUUAUAGUGACCUGUAUAUCUUCUGAGUUGACUUUUUCAUUGAAAUGUGUUACCUAGUGAAUAAUAUAAAGUCUGCACAUGUAAUCGCACAAUAGUAAAUGGAAGGUAAAUGGAGCCCUUUCAUACAGCUCUGUUGUCUGCUGGUUAGCCUAGUGGAGAGACGCCCUGUUCAGCCACUCAAUGGGCAAGGAGCUCAGAGGUAAAGAGGGACACAGACCUGACCUGUUAGUGUUGGGCUUUCCGUUCAUUUGGUUAUUGGGCUUUCAUUUUAAAUAACUGUAUAUUUUUAUGUUCACUCAGAUUCUUAAGCAAGGGGCAUACUUUGAGUGUAGGGAUAUGAGGAACAUUAACACUGCUGGCAAAGCAUAGGUGGUGGCACCACUGGGGUAACCAACAUUGUGGGUUUCUCAAAAGUUUGUGCUCUUUCUGGCCUCUUUAUUAGGUUAGUAUUAACACUGCAUUAGUGCAGCUUUCAAUAAAAAGGGGCAUUCAAAAACACGUAUGUGAAACUGACCCUGAUUUUUUAGAGCAAAUGAACUGCAUAAGCACCCCCCCCCCCAAAAAAAUUAUGAUAGUUCUGUCACUGCAGUAUAUAUUGGAAGUGGGUAUAAACACAUUGAGUGGAGAGUUUGAACGAAGGGGCACAACUUAAGAUGCCCAUGCAGCUAGUUUAUUCAGAAACCUCUAGUAAUGGAUUGCUGGAUGCUCAUAACUAGAUCUGAAUAUUCUUAGACUGCAAUCCUAUGCCCUCCCACUAGGAAUUAUGCACCACUGUAUGCAGCAAGGCUUAAUGCUGAAUAAAUUCUUAGGAAACUUUUAAGUGGUUGGCGCUUAAAACUUCAUCCCAUCCUUCUCCGAAUGGCUUCCUUGUGGAUACUGGAUGACAACUAGUCUGCUUAUAUUUUCUUAAACAGCCAGUUCCUUCAAGUUUCAUGUAUAAUAUACCGAUUCCAACACUUUCCUUGUCUAUUCAACCGAUGUCAGCUUUGAACAACAUUAUCCAAAAUUGCUUAUACUGGUUUUUGCUAUGUCAUCCCAAUGCUGAGGAUGAGUUAACAGGCUGUUACAAAAAGUAAAGCUACAGACAGUCUAGGAGGGAAUUCAUGUGCAAUAUGCUUCCUUUUUAGUAGCUAGGCAUCUGUUAUUUCUGCUGUUUAGUAUUCAUAGGUGGUAUUACCCCAGAAGCAGCCAGUAUGUUUCUCACCUUGCAGGUAAGGGGCUACUGUUUGAAAUGGGAAGUGUCUUUUGAAGCUCUGGAGAGGAACUUAAUGGAAAUAAACUGAAGUUGUCUCCUCCCA